AUGAGGGAGACAUACGGCUUCGGGACAUGUCGAAGUAUCCCGAAGAGGAAGCGGCGGUUCAAGUGGGGGGAAAUCUGGGUCCGACUGGGCGUUUAUGAUAAAGCGUGUGAAGCGAACAGUCCGUCAGUCAGCAGUCAGUCAUCCAGUUCAACAUCACUCUCCUCUGAACUCCAGCUGUCACCUCGUGUCCUCCGAAGCAGCCAGGACAGCUUCAUUACCCCAUCCACCCACCCAAUUAGGAGCCAGAUGGCGCUUCUGGCCAAUCAAAUCAUGGAUGCAAGGAUUCUCAGCAGUAUGAACGGGAGAGCAGAGCUUUCCCAGUUCCUGAGAGUCACCAAUCAAAGCAUCGUCUCCCAGGUAAAUUCCACCCAGGAUGACGGCCGCAAGAACAGGAAGUAUCCCUGCCCAUUGUGUGGGAAGCGCUUCCGCUUCAACAGCAUCCUUUCCCUUCACAUGCGCACACACACGGGUGAGAAGCCCUUCAAGUGCCCCUACUGCGACCAUAGGGCCGCGCAGAAGGGCAACCUGAAGAUACACCUUCGUACUCACAAGCAAGGCAUUCUGGGUAAAGGCCGUGGGCGAAUUAGGGAGGAGAAUAGGUUGCUUCAUGAGCUUGAGGAAAGGGCAAUACUAAGGGACAGGCAGACGCGAGCUAGUCAUGUCAACCAACAGCAAACAUCUAAUAUAAACCAACUUCAACCGCCCCAAAUGUUACAAACUGUACCAACACAACCCCUGUUCUUAACCAACUCUGGUGCUGCGGAGAGCCAGCCACACACAUCCACAUCUCCGAAGGCGACUACUAUCCCAGAUGAUCCCACCCAGCCCCAACCCACCGGUUUCCGCUGCUCUUUCUGUAAGGGAAAGUUCAGGAAGCAGCAGGAGCUUGAGCGCCACAUCAGGAUUCUACAUAAACCCUACAAAUGCACCUUGUGCGAGUUUGCUGCCUCGCAAGAGGAGGAACUCAUCAGCCAUGUCGAGACAACACAUAUAACUGCUGACUCGGGCUCAGGGCAGAGGCCCACAAUGGGUGCAGGUGACAAGAAGAAACCUGCAGGCGAAUUUCCCUGCGAGGUGUGCGGACAGACCUUCAGUCAGGCCUGGUUCCUGAAGGGUCACAUGAGGAAACACAAGGACUCUUUUGAGCACUGCUGUCAAAUCUGUGGCCGUCGUUUCAAAGAACCCUGGUUUCUGAAGAACCACAUGAAGGUCCAUCUCAAUAAGCUGGCUGCUAAGCAUAAUCUCCCUGUGGAGCAUGACACUGCGGUUAACAUGAAUAACCUAACACAAGACCACCAGAGCAACCUCUACUCGCAGUACAUCACCCGAAUUCACAACAGGUUCCUCACGGCUGAGAGAGCCGACCAUCAAGACUACAACCAGAUGCUUGCCACAGCAGGCGUUGACAUGAAGGUUAGGGAGAUGUUAGGGAGGAUGAUUUCCUCAGGUCCUGGCCCUUUGACAGAUGCAGAGAACCCCUCUUUACUAGGUUUGAAUCAUCUCCACCCUCCACUGAGCUCCACUAGCAUGGAAUAUCUGCAGAAGGUCAUGUCUAACAGAGACACACUUAACAGCAGCAGCAGCUACACAGGCUGGCAGAUCAUGACACCAGGGCUGCCUGCUGAACAGCAAAUGUUCGGCCCAAAAGACCAGCAGCAGUGCUCCUCCUACCUGCCUGAGAGAUGUCUCCCAUCAGACGAUGGAAAAGUGUGUCUCAGCGACCCAGAGGCCAAGGCAAUCAGUAGACCUGGUAGUCCAAGUAGCCUGAAUCGUCAUGGGCCAAAAGAGAUCAUCACGGAGACAGGGAGCUCCCACUCAAGCAGCGGCCUCGACCAUCGACCACAGUCUUCUUCUCCAGCUACAGGUGAAAAAGUCUACAGGUGUCCACUCUCCAGUGACUACACCGCAGCACAGACAGCCUCCCUCGGCUUCCAUCUGGAUCGCUACCACUUCCCCCACUGGCCAAACAGCAGGGAUCUCUCUUCUCCGCUGCAGCCCACCAGCAGCAGCAGCUCCAGCCCCAACCCCAAGAUCAGACCCAGAUCCAGGGAAGACUGGAGCCCAGCCCACUACCUGGGUCUGGAGAACCACAGCGAAAACUCCCUGCUCAUCAACAAGCACCCCGACCUCACUGAAAAAGACGGAGGUGUCGACAGCUCUCUAUCUGCUCAAACCAGGAAGUCCCAGUAUGAGCCUCUAGAUUUGUCAGUUAGGCCUGAAUCUGUCAUGUCUCAUUCAGGCAUGUCUCCAGCUGUACUGGUACAGAUGUCUGGAGUUUUUAGCAAUGGUCUCUCCUCCUCCAUUACCCGCCGGCUACAAAGUUACUCUAAUGCCGCGGCUGAACUCGGUGUGAAACCUGCAUAUCAGUGUGACCUUUUGGUGCAGGGAACAAAAGAAGAGAUGAACGCACAGAAUGUCGGCUCCGCGGGUCACAACGGUGAAGGUGAAUUUGAGAAAUCCGAGCAAGGGAGGGAGGAUGAAAACGGUGAUGCUGCCAAGUGGAAGAUGCCGAAAAACAAUAUCCCCGAGCCAGAGGAGCUGGGACAGGCUGAUUUCCAAAGCCCUGGCGAGAAGACCAAGCCAGCACCUUGGGGCGGCAGAGCUGUGGCUGAAUCUCCCAUCUCGUCUCUGGAGAACUUGACUCCAGGACAGGCAGAUCAACUCCAGCACCAGGGCGGCCUGCUCUCCUUCCUCAGAUCCCAGGGGAACCUGAGCGGUACACCUGCCAGCGCGCACAAAGCUGGUCUGAGCGAUGGGGGGACCAUGGAGAAAGAUGUUGCAUCUGCUCGGAAGCCAUUCCAGUGCAGGUACUGCCCCUACAGCGCCUCCCAGAAGGGCAACCUGAAGACCCACGUCCUCUGUGUCCACCGCAAGCCCUUUGACAACAGCCUCUACCCCGACCGCCGCCUCCGACGCUCGCAUGCGCCCCAGAGGUCCUCCAGACUGCCUCAGAACAUCACGGGAGACAAUCGCACACAGGGGAGAGACCAGAUCAGCAUGACAUCACUCUGUGGGACUUGAUGUUGUCAUGGCAACAGCAGAUACAGACAGUUAUGAUUAUUGUUUUAGCUUCACCUCAAAGGGGGUUAGGAUGAUUGAAAUUGUUAAAAAAGAAAAAAAGAAGUUAACAGCCAACCUUGAUGUACAUUCCAGUGUUUACUUGAAGAGCCACAGUACGUAUUUAUCUGUAGCAA